GAUGCGAGUACACGACAACAUCAAAUAUUUAGAAGUAAUACUAUAACUCUGUAUCAUUUUCCACAGGUAUUGUGUAAUAUUAGUGGGGCACACCGAGAAAAUCCUUCAUAUUCUUCAAGCCCCUCAUUCUUCUUACCUGACAUUUAAAUGAUCUCGGAGUCAUUGACAGAUAUGAUAUUUACCACUGUCAUAUGGUGAAGCACAAUUACAUAAUUUGGUGUGUGAUUCACGUUCGGUGACUUUUUUUUCUUCCCAUGCACAUCGGUAUUAACCUAAUUAAAAGCCAUACAGCUUGGCAUCGUUAGCUGCGCAGCGGGGCAGGAAUAUUUUUGUUUUGCCUUCAAUUAGGGGCUGAUUGGUGUUUUCAGGGCAGGUCAGCUGUGAAAUUCGAAUUACACAUGUGUUGCGUUGUGCACAGUGUGAGAUUUUUUCCCUUGGCAAUAGAUUGUAACAUGCCCUUGGUUUCGAAAUCGUCUUCAGUCUGACCUGUGAACAAUGCACCGAGUAAAAAUACGUUGUUUUCAGUGUAAAGCGCUUUUUUGUGUGUUUCCGUGCGUCCUAUAUCAAACUGUUUUCAGGAAAACCAUGACAUAUUCCAAACACUGAACUACCAGCAGACGGCACUAAGACUCCUUCAGACGUCAGGGGAAUCGCAAUCCCCUUUUUAUACUAAACGUAUUUGCUGAAUACGUAUAGUCAAUAUUUGGUGAAUAUGUCCGGCGUCUGGGAUCCUGUAUAGAAUAGAUGCCGACAGGUAGAGUGUGUUACGCUUGUGUGAUUAAACCAAGUGCGCACACGUGUCCUGCUUUAUACGUGUGUAGAGGACAAGCGCAUCCAAAUAAUAAUUACUUAUUACUUAUAACACUUUUUUCUUAGCAUUUCUUUUUUUGCAUGCAUCAAUUUUCACAUAUAUAUUUUGUAAGGCUUUAAAGUUUUAAUUGUGUACACAUCAUCAUAUCAGUUAGAUCAUAAAAUCACAAAAAAAAGGUCUAAACUCACCUUUUCUCUUUCUUGCAAUAAAAUAUAAACAGCAAGAAAACGCGCUUAUUAAAAACUAUUUAUUUUAGAGCUCAUAUACACUUUAUUUCCAAAGUUUUUUUCGAGUGAAUAUUAAACACGAUUAAGCAUGUCAACUUUUAAAUAGGAUAAAGUUUUUUUUUUGUUGUUUUUUUUUUUUUUAUGUUAUAAAAUUUACUGGGGGAAAAAAACGAGACUUCCAUAACGUGUCAGGGUCUCCCGCUCUCUGGUUUCCGUUAGAGGGGCGUGUUUGACCCCUGCAGCACCCCGCCUACCGGGUCUGUCCUCGCUCCUACGUCACUGCACCGAUCACCAUGCAAAUCUGUCGUGUUCUUGCACGCCAUUGGCCACAGGCUCGGUUUAAUCGCUGUCAAAACCCGUCAUAUGGCCGCCACUUUAACUAAGUCCUCAGCUCCACUAGGGAAAGUAGCUCCAAUGCGCUUUCAAUUAGCGUGGAUGUAAAACCGCUGUUGGGAACAAGACAAAACAGGCUGCCGGAAGAUAUAAACGAAUAAAAAGCCCCGCAACACCAGAACUUCAAACUCACAGCCACUGUUGGGAUUAAAGUCCACUUGAUUCCGGAGUUCUCCUUUGCCUUGCUUGUGUUGCACCUGGUCCGGCGGACCAGCACCGAAAGUUCAUGCUUUUUCGUAUUGGUUGAGAAGUCUUUAAAACCACUUGAAUGUAUAGCAUGAUGAUGGAGACGGACUUGCACUCCCCGGGACCCCAGACUAAUACAAACCCGGGACAGACAGGUCCGAACACGGGGAACAAAGCCAACCAAGAGCGCGUCAAACGCCCUAUGAACGCUUUUAUGGUGUGGUCCCGCGGCCAGCGGCGGAAAAUGGCUCAGGAAAACCCCAAAAUGCACAACUCUGAGAUCAGCAAGAGACUCGGCGCAGAGUGGAAGGUGAUGUCAGAAGCUGAAAAGCGGCCCUUCAUCGACGAGGCAAAAAGGCUGCGCGCCAUGCACAUGAAAGAGCAUCCGGAUUACAAAUACCGACCGAGGCGCAAAACCAAGACGCUGCUGAAAAAGGACAAAUACUCUUUGGCUGGCGGUCUGCUCGGCGGAGCGGCCGCGGGAGCGGGAGUUGGGCUCGGUGUGGGCAUGAGUGCAGCCGGAGUAGGCCAGAGGUUAGAAAGCCCCGGAGGUCACGGGGGCUCAGCCGGCGCCGGUUAUUCGCACAUGAACGGUUGGGCAAACGGCGCGUAUUCGGGGCAAGUCGCUGCCGCCGCCGCCGCCGCUGCUAUGAUGCAGGAGGCGCAGCUCGCCUACGGGCAGCACCCUGGCAGCGGGGCACACCAUCACCACCACCCCCAUGCCCAUCACCAUCAUCCACACAACCCGCAGCCAAUGCACCGCUACGACAUGAGCGCUCUGCAGUACAGCCCCAUAUCCAGUUCUCAGAGUUACAUGAGCGCGUCGCCGACCGGCUAUGGAGGGAUUUCCUAUUCACAGCACCAAAACGCAGGUGUUGCGUCGUCGGCCGCCAUCGGCACGCUGAGCUCUUUGGUCAAGUCCGAGCCGAACGGGUGGUUGUGAGAGACUCUGCAGGAAUUUGGCAGGCUCGGAGUUUGGAGAGGCGCCCCCACGCUGCGCUGCCAUUCAGUGGUCGAGCGCGCUGUGUGGUUGGGAAGUUUGCACUGAGCCGUGGCCUCAAUAGCUUCACAAAGCUGAUUACAAGCCCCAGCGAGUUCGUGAAGGGAGCAGGCCAGUCACACAGGUGUGCGUUAGAUAGGGGGCAGCCCUCCAGAGCUGGGCAGGGCGGGGGGGUGGGGGGUAUGGACGACCACACAAAAAGCUAAAGUGGCCCGGGAAUUUGGUGGGAAAAGACAGUGUUAGCUGAGGAAAAACGCUGCCCGCUCCCAUCACUGAGUGCACAGAGGGACACACUAUAACACCCUUAUUAAAGCCACUCAUUUGGAUUAUUGUCUGUACUAAAUACAUUGCAUGUUAUAGUUCACAUAAUUACUAAUGUGUGGCAUAUUAAUAUUUGCACGUGGAAAUUUCAUAAGCUGCUGUCAACUAGUGUUUCUUUUUUUUUUUUUAUGAUGUAGCUUAUUAACGCAAGUCGUGGUGAUAGAGAGUGAAUCAUAUACAAAAGCGCACUCUCUUUGCUGCUUAAUCCAUUCUUUUAUUUUCUCUGCUCCGUAAAAUAUGACAUCAGUGGACCAGGCAGCGUAUUUAAUUAAAGCAGAGUCUAACUAUCAAUUACUCAAGAAAAACAGAGGCUCCCUAAGGGCCGCUAAUCAGCACCCGAACAGUCGGUCUGCUUGCUCAUUACGGCAUCACUACACCCGGCAAUGAUAAUCAACCGCAUCUGCCUGCGCUACCCUCAUUUGCUGUAUCUGAAUAUUCUCAUUCACAACUUCCCUAACGUAAUUCUCACGCAAGACGCUCUGUUUGUAUUUGUCUUGAUUAACAAUUUGAACUGUGAUCAUAAUAAGCUACUAUUCUUAAACAAUGCAAUAACCGAAGCUCCAGUGAGCCUUAAAAUCUAUGAUACGUAAAACGUCUUGUUUCUAUAAGAGUUUGGAAAGCAGUUUUCCCACACGUGGGGUCAACGUCAUCCGCCAGCGUUUAGAUUAUGUUUUAGUAAGGACACAAUAUACCAAUUUAUACGACUUUUCAAAGUCCCCAUACUUCGUAGGGCCAUGGAUGGGUCAGAACGGAACACACAUUGAUUAUACUUUUUUCCAUCCUUACAAAGUAUGCAGGCCAGUAAACCCAUUCUUCGGCAUUUUCUUUUAUAAAUAAUAUAUAAUUUAUGAUAAUUCAGUUCCACAAACAGAGAUUUCUUUUGGGGGUCCCGGCCCUAUGUGCGUGCUUUUGCAUUCAAGCUUUCCACUAAAAAAGCCGUUAAUCUAUUGUAACUUUGGCUUCACCUGGGUCCUGUCACCCCCGUCGUUCUCGGGUGAUGAGGGGACAAAAGCGCCCAGGCUCGUUAUUCAAGCGCGACCGACUAUGCUAAUUGAAGUAAAUUGCGAAUACUGAUCCCGAUUUUUUGCGGAGAUCUUCAGAACUCAGGGCAGCUGCAACGCCUCUGUUCUGUAUACUCAUUCCCUUUCCAACUGCAAUUCCUCUAAUCUCUGAGCAUCUGAACAAUUCAGGAUACAUAUUAGAGAAAGUCGAAUUCAAGUUUCAAACGCGCGAGGUCAUUUCAUCCUCUUCUGAGGAGCUGUCCUAGUUCUGAAACCACCAGCACUCGGAACUAUGCGUCCCACCACACACCCCUCUCAAAGUGUACAUCCGAGGAGAGGCUAAACAAAGCACUGGUGGUAACAAGAAUAAAAAGGUGGAAAACAUUUAGUGCAUGUGUAUAUGUCAAAUUAAUUAUGUUAGAAUGUUUAUUGACCUUAUUAGCUCUUGCUGAGAUACGAAUUAACGGACAAUCUCUAUGUAGUUACAUAACGUACAAAAAACAUGUAUUAAGAUAGAUAAUGGCAGGUUGCCGGGUUUUAAUUACAAAAAUUGUACCUUGCACAAUCGGGUUAUUUUUUGCUGUUGCACUUCUAAAUCCACCACAAAACAAUAUUUUCACUCCCCGUGUUGGUUGUCAACUCUACCUUUCCCUUCAACUUUCCCUUUCCAAGUUUGCUUUGUGAAAAUCAAGAGUUAUAGUCUGACUUAUGUUAAGUUUGUAAUGUAACGCCUCUGGACAAGGGCAAAUGUAAAAGUCAAAACAGUGUAAGUUCAUUAGGAAUGAUCUUGCACGCAUCUCUAUAGAUGGUUAAAAACUGUGCGUGUUUACUCUCAUAUAGUUUGUUGUAAACUUCUCAGCGGGGGUCCACAAAUGGAUUUUUGAAUUGUUUGCUUUCUUAGGGAUGCACUGUGCCUCUAUUCUCUGAUAGGGGAUAAACUUUGUGUUUGAUUGCAUUGUGCUUUUACAUCUGAAAGAGGGAGACAGAUAGAGAGAAACGACAACAAAAAAAUUGAUGUUCAUGGAUUGAUUAUUGAUUUUGUGGUGUCCAUUUUUGUGAGUUUUCUUGAAAGGAGGAGUGCAUGGAAGGUGGAAUAGUAAAGCACACAGACCAUCAGAAGAGAUGUUGCACAGGGGAAGUGGAGUCUGCAUGGACAGUUGCUGACAACAGGAGCACCUGCUUGAAGACAGUGUGGCGGAUGGAGGGCAGAGGGGUUGGGGUGAUAAUGGCACACCCCACUGAGAGUUAUUACUUAAAGACUGUGCUGGGAUGAAAUGACAUUGUAAUGGGAGGGUACUUUAUGCCCUGUUUGCAAGGAACUAGGUAUUCUUGCUUUACAGCUUAUCUUUGUCCCAUUUUGUCUCCUGUAGCUCUUCAGCCUCCCCUUGCUCUCUCGCUGUCUUCUUCUUCUUUCGCUACUUCUUCCCCUUCUUCUUCCUCUUCUUCUUCUUCAUCUUCUUCUUCUUCUUCUUCAUCUUCUUCUUCUUUUAUACUGUCUAAUCCUUAGGAGUAUUUAUGCUAAAAUACUUUUAGUGAUUCCGGGUUCAUGACAAUAACUAAAAUUCUGAAAAUUCUGAAAUAUGUUUUUAAACUUUAGUGUCCAUUAUUUUGAUUCAUUUCCCCACUGUUUGUUUUAUACUUUUUUUAUAAUUCGGGGAUCUGUCAUGGAGAUAACCAAGAAAGUGUAUAGUUAAGCAACAAGUGUGAGUGUGUGUGUGUGUGUGUGUGUGUGUGUGUGUGUGUGUGU